AUGAUGCAGCCUCUCGACCGCGACGAUCAUUGCGGGGACAAGGACAUUAGGAAGCGGGACUCCCCCUCUGAUGAGACAACCGAGUCUCUACAACACCGCCCUGAAGAAUCACGGCAGCACUACACGCCCAUCAGGCCUGGCAAAUGUCAUGAUCGGAACACCAAGAGUCCGCGUCCGCCGUCAUCUCCAAAUGCUGACAGGACAUCACAAAAUGAUUGGCCAUCUGGAAUGGUUAGCCGGCGCAUUCAAGAUAUAAUUCCCGAUGCGGAAAGGCAGGAGCUGGUCCGCGUCGCGACAUCCCUCUCACGUUGUCAAUCUAACGUAUCUGACACGACUAACCUCGACAGCCUCGGGGUUGCCAACAUUCAGGACCAUGAUUCCGACUCGACCAUGGACCCCCUCAGCCCACAUUUCGAUGUCCACAAGUGGGCGCAAAAUUUCACCGAACAGUUGCACGGGAAAGGACACCACCAGGUGUCAACGGGCGUUAUAUACAAGAAUCUGAGUGUUUACGGCUCAGGAGCAGCCCUGCAGCUCCAACCCACCGUUGGCUCAGUCUUGACAUCCGUGCUGCGGCCUGGUGACGUCUUCAGCUUUGGCAAGAAUGAGCCUAGGCAGAUAUUACACAGCUUCGAUGGAAUGAUCUGCGGCGGCGAGAUGCUGGUCGUGCUGGGUCGGCCAGGAUCCGGGUGCAGCACGCUGCUCAAAUCCCUCUGCGGGGAGCUGCAUGGUCUCAGUCUAGACAACACUUCAACUAUUCAAUAUGGAGGAAUCCCGCAGACCCAGAUGAAGAAGGAAUUCAAAGGAGAGGUAGAUAAGCAUUUCCCGCACCUAACGGCUGGCCAGACGCUCGAGUUCGCAGCCUCGGUCCGUACGCCUUCGCACCGGAUUCAAAACAUGUCCCGCGGAGAGUAUUGCCGAUACAUUGCACGUGUCGUCAUGGCGGUAUGUGGGCUCAACCAUACCUACAAUACAAGGGUUGGAAACGACUUCAUCCGCGGCGUCUCGGGCGGCGAGAGGAAGCGAGUCACCAUCGCAGAGAUGAUUCUUGCCGGCUCUCCCUUUUCCGCUUGGGACAAUAGCACCAGGGGGCUUGAUGCGGCAACGGCACUGAAGUUUGUAGAGACGUUGCGGUUGUCGUCAGAUCUAGGCCAUCACUCCAAUGUCGUUGCGAUCUAUCAAGCAAGUCAGACCAUGUACGAUAUCUUUGACAAGGUGACUGUGUUAUACGAAGGCCGUCAAAUAUAUUUUGGAUCAACAAAAGCCGCGAAGGAUUAUUUUUUGAGACAAGGAUGGUAUUGCCCUCCUCGGCAGACUACAGGGGACUUCCUCACAUCCGUGACAAAUCCUCAGGAAAGAAUGGCGCGGGAGGGAAUGGAAAGCAAGGUGCCCAGGACUCCGGAAGAGUUUGAGAGAUACUGGCGAUUGUCUCCUGAGUACAAGGCACUCAUGAAAGAUAUUGGCGCCUUUGAACAGGGCCUCCGCGACAAGGGGAAUGAGACCAUUUCCCAGUUCCGCCAGCAGAAGAACUACGAGCAGGCAAAACAUGUAAGGCCCAAAUCACCCUACCGCAUCAGCUUAGCAAUGCAAGUGAGGCUGAACACAAAGAGAGCGUACCAGCGGACCUGGAACGACAUCUCAGCUACCAUGAUCGUUACUGUCGUCAACACUGUUAUGGCGCUGAUUAUCGGUUCUGUAUUCUACGGCACACCAGACGCAACGGCAGGUUUCUAUGCCAAGGGAUCGGUCAUAUUCAUGGCUAUUCUGCUCAAUGCACUGACUGCCAUCACCGAGAUCAGCACCUUGUAUGCCCAGAGACCUAUAGUGGAGAAACAUUCGUCAUACGCUUUUUAUCAUCCUGCUACUGAGGCUGCCGCCGGCGUUCUGGCCGAUAUACCCGUCAAGUUCGUCACUGCAACCGUGUUGAGUCUCAUCAUCUACUUCAUGGCAGGCUUGCGGAGAGAGCCGGCUCAAUUCUUUCUCUUCUUCCUUAUCAACUAUGUUUCGAUCUUUAUCAUGAUCGCCAUGUUCAGGACAAUGGCGGCUAUUACAUCUAGCGUCUCACAGGCCAUGACACUGGCUGCGGUGUUGGUCCUGGCACUGGUCAUCUACACUGGCUUCUUCAUUACUGUGUCUUCAAUGCACCCCUGGCUCUCAUGGAUCCGCUGGAUCAAUCCAAUCUUCUACGCCUUUGAGAUCCUGAUAGCGAACGAGUUUCAUGGUCGCGAUUUCACGUGCUCAAAUAUAUUUCCUCCAUAUAGCCCCCCUGUUGGCGAUUCAUGGACCUGCGUCGCUCUCAGCGCUGUACCUGGCAAAUCAACAGUCAGCGGUGACGACUUCAUUGCGGCCAACUAUGGGUAUUCGUAUUCACACGUGUGGCGAAACUUCGGCAUCCUGAUCGGCUUCCUUCUUGCUUUCAUGGCAGUCUACUUUAUGACAACAGAAAUCAACUCCGCCACGUCAAGCACUGCUGAGGCAUUGGUUUUUCAACGAGGUCAUGUUCCGCCCAGUCUCCAGAAAAGUAGCACACAGCGCAGCAGAGACGUGGAACGGCCGUCGACAGUAAGCACACAAAUUAGCAACAGCGCCAGCGUCAAAGACACAGAAGUCGAGGCAAUCCCGGCCCAACGAGACAUUUUUACGUGGAAAGACGUCGUGUACGACAUAAAGAUCAAGGAAGAACCGAGGCGGCUUCUGGACCAUGUGGCUGGAUGGGUCAAACCUGGCACUCUCACGGCGCUCAUGGGGGUAAGCGGAGCCGGCAAGACAACCCUUUUAGAUGUCCUUGCACAGCGAAUCUCUGUCGGGGUCGUGACGGGGAACAUGCUUGUCAAUGGGCAGCCGCUCGACGCCAGUUUCCAACGCAACACAGGUUAUGUCCAGCAGCAAGAUCUUCACCUCCAGACGGCUACCGUACGAGAGAGUCUCCGCUUCAGUGCGAGGCUCCGCCAACCCAAGUCUGUUAGCAAGAAGCAAAAAUACGCGUCUGUGGAAGAAGUAAUCAGGAUGCUUAAUAUGGAAGAUUUUGCUAACGCCAUCGUCGGUGUUGCUGGAGAAGGCUUAAACGUUGAACAGCGCAAGCGCCUGACCAUCGGAGUUGAACUCGUCGCGAAGCCGAAGCUAUUGCUUUUCCUUGAUGAGCCCACCAGCGGGCUUGACUCGCAAAGCUCACGAGCCAUCUGCAUCUUCCUCAAGAAACUGGCAGAGGCGGGCCAGGCAGUGCUCUGCACUGUUCAUCAACCCAGCGCGAUUCUCUUCCAGGAGUUCGAUCGCCUACUUUUCCUUGCCAAGGGCGGAAAGACCGUCUACUUCGGAGAGAUUGGUGCUAACUCGCGGAUAUUACUGGACUGCUUCGAGUCUCACGGCGCACACCGUCGCUGCGGUGACACCGAAAAUCCGGCCGAGUACAUGUUGGAGAUGGUCAAUGCAGGCACAAAUUCCCACGGCGAAGAUUGGCACUCGGUCUGGGAAUCAAGCAAUGAACGCAAGGCGGUCGAUGCUGAGAUCGAAAGGAUCCAUGCUGAAAAGCAGGCUGAGACACGUGCCGCCGGAGAGCGUGACGCUGCUUCCAAGCGUUCUGAGUUUGCCAUGCCGAUGCUAUAUCAGGUGCAGGUUGUGACCGCCAGGGUGUUUCAGCAGUACUGGAGGAUGCCAUCUUACAUAUUUUCCAAAUGGCUCUUGGGCAUCACAGCUGGCCUUUUCAUUGGCUUCAGCUUCUAUCAGGUUACUGACACGCUGGCUGGUAUUCAGAAUGCGAUCUUCGCAGUCUUCAUGCUGACGACAAUGUUUACAACCCUGGUCCAGCAGAUCCAACCCCUCUUCGUCACCCAGCGGGAGCUCUACGAGGUUCGAGAACGCCCAAGCAAGGCUUACUCCUGGAAAGCCUUCCUCAUUGCCAAUAUCAUUGUCGAAAUUCCCUUCCAGAUUGUCACUAGCGUCUUCAUUUACGCAUGCUUCUACUUUCCAGUUUUCGGUGCUGGACAGAGUCCCGUACAGCAAGGCCUCAUCCUCCUCUUCACUCUCCAGCUUUUUCUCUAUGCCAGCGCAUUCGCCGACAUGACGGUUGCAGCACUUCCGAAUGCGCAGGCUGCGGGCGGCAUCGUAAUUUUCCUGACCUUGAUGAGCACUCUCUUCUGCGGCGUGAUGCAGUCGCCCACAGCGCUCCCGGGCUUUUGGAUCUUCAUGUACAGGGUCAGCCCCAUUACCUACUGGGUGGGCGGGAUCGUCUCGACGGCUCUGCACGGCCGCAAGAUUGACUGUUCGUCAAACGAGACGGCCAGUUUCGAUCCUCCACCGGGCCUUACCUGCGGCGAAUACCUCUCUCCGAUUUUGUCGCAGGCCCCAGGCGUGCUGCAAAAUCCAAUGGACACCCGAGAAUGCCGGUACUGCCCAUACAACAAUGCCGAUCAGUACAUCGCCGGUUAUGGCAUCGUCUGGAGCGAGCGGUGGAGGAACUUUGGCAUCGUUUGGGCCUACAUCGCAUUCGAUAUCGCAAUGACGGUGGCCGUGUAUUACCUCUUCCGGGUGCACACCGUGUCUAGCAGAAUGUCCGGUCUGAGGGAAAAGAUAUCCAAGUGGGCAAGGGCUCGCAGGGGAAUUAGGAAUAAGGUCAGGCCCGUCGAUAUCACGGGUGAAUCUUUGUCGGCUGAUGCUGAGUGA